GCGACCACGCCGUGACCGUCACACUGAGCUUUUGGACCGUUCACACUUUCUUUUUGGAUCAAUACGUUUGCUGUUGUUGUGUUUUUUUAUUUUUUAUUUUGACAGUGACUGGAGUUCCCUCUCUAGAACAACUGGAAUGUGUUUCCUCCCAGGGGGAUUUGACCCACAGGGGUUCUCUCACACGUCAGGACGUCAUUAUUUCAAGCGCUGCAUUCGUUUUCGUGAUUGACAGGAAACUUGAGCUAGCGUGUCAAUCAUUUCAUCCCGCUGCUUCAUGGCAGCUUUUUUUAAAAAGACGAUACACAGAGUACACAAAGAGAGAACCACCUCUGCCUCCUGGAGCGCCUGAAACAUGGCUCACGUCCAGAGGGUGCAGAAGAAGACCAGCUCCAUGUCCCUGACCAUCUCCUCCUCCUCCACCUCCUCCUCCUCUUCCUCCUCUUCCGUCAUCGCCCAGAGACACUCCAGCCUGGUGCAGCCGCUGUGUGUCAGCCCUCAGAGGACUAAGAGUCCCAUCUACAAUCAACAGUCUCCAGGGAGUGGAGUGGCCCCUAUUAUUGUCAAGGGCCUCCAUGACGUGUCCACGGUGAAGGGUCAGCUGGUGGUCCUGGAGUGCAGGCUGAGGGGAACGCCGCCCCUGCAGGUCACGUGGUACAGAGAGGACGAGCAAGUGCUGGACUCGGACGAUUUCAGGAUACUGCAGAAGAGUGGGUGCCUGUAUGGAAAGGCCAGCUCUGCAUCAGUACCAGAGGAGCUGAGCACACUGGUGAUCACCGAGGCCUUCCCGGAGGACUCCGGCCUCUUCAAGUGCGUGGCCCUCAACUCCUUCGGCACGGCCUCCUCCUCGGCGCUCCUGGACGUCUACAACGACCUGGAGGAGCAGCUGGAGGUGGAGGCCGCGUGCCUGCAGGAAGCCGUCUCUCCCCGGCAGCAAACGGAGGCGGAGUACCAACGGGACACUUCCUCCUUCGGAGAGGGCGACGACGACGACUUUCCCUCGGAGCUGCCCGACUCCAUGACCCUGCCCCCUCCCGAGUGGCCCGACAGCCCCGAAGAAGAUAGCAUGCCUGUUGCAGAUUUUCCAGAGCCUCAGCCGGUCAACCGCUCCCAAGAAACCUUUGGUUACAGCGCGGAGGAGCGAGGGGGCCAGAGGUCUCCAGGGGUCACCGUCCCAGCCUAUACGCCCAGCCCUCUGCCGUCACCCUCACCACCACCACCACCACCAACCCAAUUCGAGGAGAAAACCGAAGUGCCCAAGCUGUUCACCCCCAUCAAGAUCACAUCCGGUGGCGACAGCAUGAACCUGUCCGAUCUGCCUCAGUUCACUCCCAGUGUCUUCCCCCCCAGCGCCUUCAACUAUGAGCGACCGCGCCACUUCAUCCAAUCGCAGCCGGCCUUUCAGGCGCCCAGCUACGACAGCGUUGUGAAAGAGGCCCGGGAGCACCACAGCAGCUCCCAGCAGAACCUCGCCGGUUCGCAAAGCAGCGCAGUCGUCACGGAGAGUCGAGCUAACAUGGCGUCCACGCAAAGUCAGUCUUUUUCCCGGACUCAGUCAGUGUCCCGGUCUUUGUCACAGACCCAGUCGCAGUUUCAGUCACUAAGCCUCAGUCAGAGCAAAACCCAGUCUGUCACUCAGACCCAGGGCCAGAUCCAGGGCCAGAUCCAGGGCCAGACCCAGGGCCAGACCCAGGGACUCACCCAGGUCCAGACUCAGGGACACACCCAGGGACACACCCAGAUCCAGAUCCAGGGCCAGACCCAGGGACACACCCAGGGACUCACCCAGGUCCACACCCAGGUCCACACCCAAGGCCAGACCCAGGGCCAGACCCAGGGCCAGACCCAGGGACUCACCCAGGUCCACACCCAAGGCCAGACCCAGGGCCAGACCCAGGGACACACCCAGGCCCGGGCACAAGCCCACGCUAACGGCACGGGCAAGUCCUCUUCAGGUCUCGGCUCUCCCCUUUCCGCCCCGGCCUCCUCUGCUCCUCUUCAGUUCCCUCCAGCCCCCGUGCCGAGUCCCUCUGCCACCGUCAUCCCGGCCUCCAUAGCCUCUCUCCCCCGCACCACCGUGCGCUCCACCAUCACCCUCACCCCCAGCAUCCCCAGUGCCAGCGGCCUCGGCAGCGCCACCCUGGCGGCCAAUCAGGACUCCAUGUCGGCACCCGCCGCCUUCCUCUGCUCCGUGCUGCCAUCCCAGGCCGCCUGCUCCCCUUUUUCCUCCUCCAAGCUGUCGCCCAACUCCAACCUCCUCCGCCUCUCCCCUUCCCCCGCCCAAAGCCUCUCCCCCUCCCGAUCCCCUCCCUCCCCUCAUGUCUCUCUCCCAGUGUCACCAUCCCCCCCGUGCUGCCCUCUCCCCCCCCCCUCCUCUCUGCAACAGCCCAACACUCCUAACGGCCAGAACAGAGGACUUCCUGCUGUGGUCUCCCUGCCCGUUAGUUACAAGGCACCGCCGAGCAUCCUCCCCAAGCCCGUUCUGAAGAAGUCCGUCGCUCCUCGGCCAUCUUCCUCUCGCUCCACGGACGAAGACAUCCGGGGCUCCAAAGAUGCCCUCAUCCAUGAUCUGGAAAAGAAGCUGCGCUCCAAGGAGGUCAGGAGGAAGAACAGCCAGAAACCGUCCUAUGAGGAGCGCAUGGCUCGCAGGCUGCUGGGUCCAGACAACGCCAACGACAUGGGGGACCAAGACGGCCUCUCAGACAACCAAGUGGACCAGCCAGAUUCACCAGAAGGGAGACACACCGGCGGACUCUGGGGGAGGCGCCACACCGGGACGGACGAGAGGGGAAACGAGGGCUCGGCGAUCCAGGAGAAGUGUUACGCCCCUCGCUUCCUGCAGACCCCUUCAGACCUCACGGUCGAGGAGGGACGCUUCUGCAGGAUUGACUUCAAGGUCAGAGGCCUCCCCACGCCAGACGUGUGCUGGUACCUGGACGGCAAAGCCAUCCGCCCAGACGACUUCCACAAGGUGAUGGUGUCUGAGAAGGGGCUGCACUCGUUCCUCAUCGAGAUCGUCACGGUGCACCACGCCGGCGUCUACGAGUGCGUGGCCCGGAACCGGGCCGGGGAGAGCCGGUUCAGCAUGCGGCUGGACGUGCUAGCCCAGGAGGCUCUCCGUCCGCCCACCUUCGUCCAGAAGAUGUCCAACUCCCGAGCUCUGGAGGGCGACACCGUUCGGCUGGAGUGCAAAGUGGACGCGUCGCCUCCCCCACAGCUCUACUGGAAGAAAGAUAAAGACAUGCUGCGCAUCGACCCCGACCGAAUGAGUCUGUAUCAGGACGGUUCCGGCCGCCAGUGCUUGCUGCUGGAGAGGCUGAUGAAGUCCGAUGCCGGAUGGUACACUCUGUCCGCCAUCAACGAAGCCGGCAUGUCCACAUGCAACGCCAGGCUGGACGUCGGCACUCGCACAGUCCAGCCCAUGAAGACGGCGCCCCGCGGCUCCAAGACGUUGAAGCUGCUGUCCUCUCUGAGCCACGUGCCCACCCUGACCGUGGAGCGCCCCGCGCAGCACACCGCCCCCCUGUACGAGAGUGAAGAGCUGUGAACCUCCCCCCCCCGGUAACUACGGCACACGUCUCGGCAGGGUAAAGCUGGGCUGCAGCCUGGAUUUGCUGUCCUCCCCGGGGCAGAUUCGGUACUAAUCCGGCUUCGGUUCGGAUCACUUUGGAGGCCAAUGCAUGUCAGGGUACCAACAUCGUAGUUCUAUUAUUGUAUACUAUCAGUUCUACGCUUUAAUUUACGAUUCCUUGAACAAAUUAAGUUUAUUUUCAGCAUUAUGGUCCAUUUACAGCAAUUUACUCCCCCAUGAACUCUGAUUAUGGUGUUUGAUCCUUUUCCCGUCGUUCUAAAAAGUUUCAAUUCGUCUUCCUAAUCAGCUCAAGAGAAGCCGUCCUCCUCCCAGUACAUGUUUACGGGUUGAGGAGACAACAACAACAACCUCAGUAGCUCCCCAGACAAAUGUUUCCAAUCAGGUGCCCCGUGAAGUUAAAAUAACACGCUGUCCACCUGCUGCCGAGUGUCACCACUGUGUAUGGGAGGCUGCACGGCCCAGAGGCCCGGGUCCUGGAUGUAUGAAUAGACCCGGACGCGGUGCGGCAGAGCGGACCUGCUGCACGCCAGCGAUCCGCUACAAUACCUGACGACAGCACUUAAGGUCACUUAAGGUCAACCCGCAAGUCGGGCCGGUUUCGGGCUGACGAGUGAGCUCCGAUAAUGCGUACGUUUGGUGGGUAACAAAUAUUUCUGCGGAUUGACUCGUAACACGUCGCAGGGAAUAAUAUGGGUUUUUUUUUUUUAAACCGCUGACAUCACCACUACCCACAGUCCAACACUGCAAACGUCUCCCGCUGCACUUUAACCCCGACGCCCGUCUUCUGCCGUCUCGCCCGGCAUCCUCCUCCUCGGAUGUCGGCCCUUUUUGUUCUGACGCGAUUUUAAACUGCAUUGUGUGUGUGUGUUUGUGUUCUCUCUAAAUAUUGUUGUGUAAGUUAUAUAUAUAUCACUGGAUGAAUGAGGAAUAAAGUCAUGUGACACUGA